AUGUUAUGUAACGUCUCAGAGUUCCAGGAGCCGAUGACAGGUGUUGGUGAAAUAAUUGAUUACCUCUCCGAUCACAAAAUGUUCAACUUCCAGACAAUACUGAACAGGUUUAGAAAAAGAAAUGUAAAUCCUACAGAAGUACCACUGGAUGAAACGGUGAAGAUUCCUAUGGAGAACAAAUACUUGGUGGCAAGGCCAAUCUACUCUGAGGAUUCCUUCAGUGCUGAGAAUGAACUAGUGCAGAGACAUCACACCACAAUACUAGACCAAUUAAAAAGGACAUGUAGGUGUUCUGCUCAGAAAGCAAAGAGAAUUACCUUCAACUUUUUCCCAAUCCUUUCCUGGCUUCCUCAGUAUACAUUGAAAGAGUGGAUUCUCAAUGACAUCAUUUCUGGGGUCACCACAGGGCUUGUGGCGGUGUUACAAGGUCUGGCAUAUGCUCUUCUAACAAAUGUACCACCAGGAUAUGGACUCUAUGCAGCCUUUUUUCCAGUUGUGGUCUAUUUUUUCUUUGGAACAUCUAGACACUUAUCUGCUGGUCCAUUUCCUGUUACAUGCCUGAUGGUUGGGUCCGUUGUGUCUAAUUUAGUAUCUGUUACAUCUACAAGUACUGGCAAUUCUACCACAGCCAAUAGCACUGAUGAAACAUUGAUAAAUGAACAAAAAGUAACGGUAGCAGCAUCUUUGACGUUCCUCGUGGGGAUUGUUCAGUUGAUUAUGGGAUUUCUGCAGUUUGGUUUCAUAGUCAUAUAUUUAUCAGAGCCAUUGAUUAAUGGUUUCACAACAGCUGCAGCCAUUCAAGUUGUGAUAUCACAACUAAAAUAUGUCUUUGGACUUACAGUCCCCACAUUUAAUGGACCACUUGCCAACUUUCUUGAACUCCAGGCUAUUUUCUUCAAUUUACGAAACACAAAUAUUGCUUCUCUUGUUAUAUCAAUUAUCGUAAUGGUUGUACUUUAUAUUUCAAAAGAGGUCAAUGAUUAUUUCAAAGCAAAAAUGCCUGUACCCAUUCCAAUAGAAAUUAUACUGACAAUAAUUGGUGCUGGAGUUUCAUAUGCAUUUGAUCUCCAAAACAGAUUUGGUGUACCCAUUGUAGGAACAAUUCAGAGAGGCUUUCAACAUCCUGUUGCUCCAAGUUUGGCUGUUUUCCAAGCAAGCAUAUCCAAUUCUAUCUCUACUGCUAUUGUUGGAUUUGCUGUGGCUUUCUCUGUGGCACAAGUUUAUGCAGUGAAGCAUAAUUAUACCAUUGACGGCAACCAGGAAUUAAUAGCAUUUGGACUGUGUAACAUAGUAUGUGGUGCAUUCAAAGGAUUUGUGGCAAGCACAUCCUUAGCAAGGUCAUCAGUACAAGAAAGCUCUGGAGGCAAAACCCAGAUUGCUGGUAUAUUAUCAGGUGGAAUUGUCUUAAUAGUAACAUUAGCCCUUGGAUUUCUUCUGGAGCCACUUCCAAAGGCUGUCCUAGCAUCCAUUAUCAUCAUAAAUUUGAAAAGAAUGUUAAUGAAAUUCAAUGAACUUCCUCUUUUGUUCAGAAGGGAUAGAUAUGAUUUAGUUGUAUGGGUUGUAACAUUUUUGGGUUCAGUGAUUCUUGGCUUGGAUCUUGGGCUGGCAGUGGGUGUUGGAAUUGAGCUACUAACAGUCAUAUUCCGUAUUCAAUUCCCAAAGUAUGCAAUGCUUGCUAAUAUUGGAAGAACAGACAUCUAUAAAAACAGAAAAGACUAUAGUGAUAUUUAUGAGCCAGAUGGCAUUAAAAUAUUCAGAUGUCCAGCUCCUAUCAUUUUUGCUAACAUUGAUGCCUUCAAAGAAAAACUUUUAACUUCAGUUGGCUUUAAUCCAUUGUGGCUCCUUCGUAAACGCAAUAAGGCUCUACAAAAGAUUACCAAAUUAGCAAAAAAGGGAGCAUUACAUAUGACACCGAAAGGUUUAGUAUCGACUUCAUUUGAUUAUGAAGUGUCUGAUGAUGAAGAACUGAGCAAUAACAGAUUAGAAGAGUUAGACCAGCGACCAAACACUGAUGAUCUGCCAAUUGUUGUGGACUGGAAUGAAGAUCUUCCAAAUAACAUCCAGGUUCCCAAAAUUGAUCUUCACAGCUUGAUUCUGGAUUUUGGAGCAGUGUCAUUUAUUGAUAUGUCUGGAAUGAAGGCUUUGAAAGCAAUUCUAAAGGAAUUUUACAAGGUUGAAGUUGAUACGUACAUUGCUGGUGCUGACUGUUCUGUCCUGGACAAGUUGAAGAGAAGUGAAUUUUUUGACAAAGAUAUAAAAACGUCAAUAUUUUUUCUUACUGUCCAUGAUGCAGUUUUGCAUGUCCUUGAAAAAAAAGGCUUGGAAUAUGCAUUUAAGUCUGACUCUGAAAAGGAUGCAGGAAGUGGUUUGUCUUUACAUGGAAUGACAAAUGGAACCAUUUACAUCAAUGAUCAUGUAGUAGACAAAUUUAUGUCAGAUGUGUCUGACCUGAAAUCGGAACUUGGAUCCAUGUCACGCUGGAUAUCUGUGACUGAAAAUAGGAUUGGAGUGAAUUUCAAGGAAAUUGAAGAUCUUAAAGAACAGGUCGCCUCUCUUUCUUCUUCUCGCCAACAUAUGUUAAAGAUUGACGAUCUUGAAAAGAGAUUGAAGCAUUUUACAGAUUUAUUGGGAAUCCUGAAAGAAUUAUCUUCUCUUGAAAUCGAGAGAGCUCACAGGUUGGGCCCACCACGCGAUUCCAACCAAUCCGGGCCCCAUCCAGUUAUCUUUAAAUGCUUGAACUUUCAACAUAAGGAACUGAUUUGGGCUGCCGCCAGGAAUACGGGACCUCUUCACUGGGAUGGCCAAAGACUGUUCCUAUUUCUGGAUUAUUCUGCAGAGGUUUCAAGGGCCAGAAGGGAAAUGUCGUCAAUUUGUUCCCAACUAGUGAAGAAUGGCACUAGAUUUUCUCUUCUUUAUCCUGUGCGGCUGUGCAUCUUCACUCCACAAGGUCCAAAGGAUUUCACAUCAGUGGACUCUGCUAAAGACUUUGUGUCCGAAACUACGGAAUCAUCGAGGUCGGUUUCUGCUUCAGUCUCUAUGGAUCAUAAUGAUUGA